GCUAGUUGCUUGUAGGUUAGAAGCCGGCUGACGGAAGAGUUCGAGAGCAGAAUCUCAUGAAAGUAGUCACUGUUAUUUCUAAGUUUCGUUGUGGUGGAUGUUUACUAUAGAAUUACAGAACAGUUAUAUUGUUAAUACGAACUGAAUGAAAGGCAUUUACGUUCCUUUCGUUUUUUAGCUAAUGGAAAAUGGCUGAAACUAGGAUCAAGACAAUGAUAGAUUUUUUUACGUUGUGAAAGACAAAAAAACUUUUUUGUCCGUGAGUUGUCAAGUGUCACAGUUAUCUGCGUCGUUUUUUGUUACGUAACUAUGUGGUAAGAAACAUUUGAUGGCAAUUUAUUAUACCGCUAUUGUAUGAUUGUGAACUAUCUGUGAAUGAAAGUCAAGGUUGUUUUGUUCGGCAGGUAGUUUUGAAGCUUUAUUGGUGAGAGUUUGACUUUGCAUGCCGCCUGUGAAGUAUACCAUAUGUGAAGACAAGUGUUGAACACUUUCAAAGUCUCUUUACGAUAAAUCUUACGUAUUAAUGCUAUUUCAUUGAUGUAAAUGAACCAUUCCAGAGGUAAACGAGUGUAUAACGUUUCACUGGUUUUCUGUUGAAUAUUUCAAGCAAUAAGAAACGGACUCAAGAUAUAUACAGAAGGAACUUUGUUGUUAAAAACAGUUGCUCAGUCGUUAAAAGCGUUGAAAAAACUGAAAACAGACCUUUCUGACAAUACACUGUUUUUCAUUGCAAAAUAUUUUCUUAGUGAUGUUAACAAAUUGAAGUGGUAGUUAGGUACUGUUUUGAUUGUUGGUGUAUUACUUUUGAAGAAGAAUCUGUUGAUAUGGCACCGCGACGAAACCAUCACGGCGGUCAUGGCGGAGGCCACGGGGGUCAUGGUGGCGCCGCUGGAACAGCUGGAGCCGGGGGAAACGGGAAUGAAGUUCAAGGUUUCGGUAUCGAUCCCGAAACAAUCGAGAAUUACGAUGCCAACGUUACGCGCUGUUGUGUUCCAACUGGUGAGUGUCUGCGGGCCAACAACGGCAACCUCGGAGCUGGUAACAGCAGUAACAACACAAACGCAGACAUGAUCAACCUGGAUGAUCUGAGAGACGCAGUCAAGGUUACCUGCAACAACGACCACUGUAACGUUGGGCAGUACAUGCACAGGGAAUGUUUUGAUGCUUGGGAGCAGACGGUCUUAACCUAUCUGAAAUCAUGUGGCCGAGCAAGAUCUUGGUCCGAAAGACAACGUCAUCAGAAUUUGUGGACCAAAAAGGGCUACGAUUUGGCGUUCAAAGCUUGCGGUUGUCUGUGCGGUCGUGGUCAUUUGAAGAAAGAUUUAGAUUGGAUGCCACCUCCCCCUUCAAACAUUGGCUGUGGGGGCCGUGCAGAUGAUAAUGCAGACGCUAAUAAGAAGAAGAAACGACGUAACCGACAGAAUACGAGACCGACAUUGGCGCUGUCAGCCCACCCUGCAUAUCAUCCGAACAGUAACAACGUCCAGGUGCAGCAGAACAGCGGGGUCAAAGCCGGGACGGAAGCUCAGCUGAUUUCUGCUGCCGGCGAGGUCAGGGGUCGCACUGGGUCACUGUCAUCUUCCACUGGGUCCUCUUCCCCACCUGCAUCAGGAUCCAGCGAGCCAAGUGUUUCUCCCAUCCACAGUGGGUCUGGAAACGGUGGCAAGAAGAAAUCCAAAUUUGAGUUCUUCUCUGACAGAUCACGUUACGGCAGCAGUGGCGGUAAUGGCAUCUUCUCCAGGCGUCAGGACUUCAGCUCAUUUAACUCUCUCCCACGCCACAAGCUGAACUCCUACCACAUUAAGAUGGAGGAUGAAGGUAACCAUGGCAACGACGACACCCGAUGCUUCAUCCUGUCAACGCUGGCAGCUUUGCACACUUCUCGCGUGGCUUGUGUACUUUGCCAGUCGCCAAUGCUGGUGUUCGACCGCUAUCCUCUGGUGGACGGAACCUUCUUUCUGAGCCCACGAGAACACGGAAAGUGUUGCCUCGAGGUCAAGCUUGAAGGGCGAACGCAGUUCCUGUCAGCCGUCUGCAUGGCGUGCUUGGAGGGCUGGGGCCCAAGACGCAGGCUCCUCUGUGUACACUGCAGCACUCCCUGGGACGGGUCGUCACUGGUACUCGGUACCAUGUACUCCUACGACAUUUUCGCCGCCAUGCAUUGCUGCCCUGAGAGAUCCAAGUGUAACUGCUGUGCCAAGCCAAUCCUGCCACCCCACCAGAGGCUCAACUUUUACUCCGACUACAGUCAUCCUCUGCCGUGCCUGCACUGUGGCGCUGUGGACACACACUUUGUGAAGCCUCUGUCUCUCUGCUACACCCGUGAUAUGCUCCAGGCAUGGCCUUAACAGUGCUAGCACAUUUAGGAAUAGCAUAUACAAUAUUUGCUGAAGUGGAAGGAAGUUGCCGGAGAAGGUGGAUUGAACAGGUAAGGUUUGGAGAUUCGUUAUUACGGCGGUUCAACGGUGGAUAUGAAGAGCCCAUGAAACCGUCCCUCAGAGUCAUGUGCUGGGUACGUAAGCUCAGAGGCACCAAGUUAUGUCUGAAUACAUGCAUACAUCUUCUGUACAGUUCUACUGCCAUGUUAUAUAUUUUUUUUUAAUAUCAAGAAAAAUAUCAUGUCUGUAUUUGACUAUCUUGGCUGUCAGUACCAGUGACAUAGGUACUCAUAGUUGUGGUUGGCUGUUUUCAUUCUGCAAGUCCAAAAUCUUUCGUGGUGUGCGUAUACUUGUGUUUGAUACAGAGAACAGGACAGAAUUAUCAGAGUAAGUGACCCUAUUUCACUGUAACGUGGUAACGCACUUUAAAAACAUUGUCGACCGGAAGCCAAAUUUAAGCAGGAAAGUUACGUAACAAACUUUGGGGGUGUCGGAACUGAAGUAUGGGUCAGUUUCACUUGAAGCUACACGACAAAUACACUUGUCAUUUGCUAUACAGUCAAAAAUAGUCUUUGAAGUGUUUAAAACUGUUCCACCAGUGGCCAUAAACAGAAAGUCUGUUAACAUCUUGCUAUGUUCAUUAUCAUAAUGCAAGGUUGAGGCUCAGUAUCUAUUCAUGUAGAUUUUAUUUUUUUCAUAACAAUAUAAAUGUGGUCUUAUGGUCAGAAGUAAUUGUUUAAUACAGUCAGUGUUUUUCAAACCUUAGAUGUCUCCCGAAUUUUCAAAAAUGUCACCCGCAUUUUGUGUCUGUAUCAAAAUUGUUAAACUUGCGGGAUGUAUCACGAUGAAAACGCUCGGUCAUACUGGACUGUAUAAUUAAUUUUUGUUGUGAAGGUUGGUAAUGUGAUGAGCUUGUACCUUGCAACCACAAAUUUUUGUAAUAUGGAUUUUCAAAACAUGUUGCUUCCUACGUGUCAUAUGAUUAAAAUGCAAUGGCAUUCAGUGUAUACCAUUUCAUUAUAAUACAUUUUUGACAUUCAACUGUACAAAUUGAGUUAAUCGUGCAUCUCACAUGCCAGAGUUGUUUGGGUUAGCGAGAAGAAUCUCCAGUCUUUUUGCGUAUAACGCUACAAUGAAAAAGUAAUUCUCUCUUGGCCAGUUAUUGUAAAUCGUUUAGAUUUAAAACACAGUCUAUUUAAUUUGAUAAUGCAUUAUUUUGUUUACUGCUUUUCUAUGCCCCUUUCAGUUUUAUAUAUUUGCAAAAAUUGAAAUUUCAUUUAAUGACAUCUAUUUUUAAAUUUAUUUUAUUAUUAUUUAGGUAGUCUUUGAGAGAUCUUGCGUCUGUAGUCCUUUUUCUUCAGGAUGUUUAUAUUUUCGUACUUCGGAACGAAGAAGUAAUUCUGUACCGCAUUUAAAAUUAUUACAUUUAAAUUUGCAACUACAUUUAUGGUUUGUAUUCGUUAACACUGGUAGAUAGCACAGACAUUUGCAGUGCCUACUCUUGUCUCCACCACCCGACUUGUUUCUAUUUAAGAGUAAUUUGAGCAUGACUAUUAUACACACUAAUCAUGAAGAAAUGUUGUACAUUAUAAAAUUAGCGGUAUUUAUUAAUAUCUACAUCACAAUGGGAAGAUAAAUUCCUUGGUAAUAAUAUAUAUAUUUGUGUCUACUAUGUAAUAAUGUAGAUAUGCUCAAAUUAGUCAUUGGCAUAAUUGUAAUAAAAUUUUUAAAAAAAAAAUUAUUUUGUCAUAUAAUGUUGGAGUAUAAUAUAAAUACAUUUCAUGAAUUUUGUUGUUGAUGUCAUGGAAUAGUGUUGCAUAAACUUUUUGCAUCGGGUAGGCUAGUCGCGUAGCGUCGUAUCAGAUUAUACGCACAUCAGUAACACUACAUAAAGGAUAUUGUCAUCAAACUAAGUGCAUUCGAGCAUAAUCGGCGUGAAAGUAAAAGUAGACAAGUGCUUCAGUAAACAGAAGAUUUAAUCGAGCCGUUGCACCAAACGUGUCCUAUCCUUAAUGUUCCUGCGGUUGUCUACAGAUAUUCACCACUUCAGCCUGAAACACCUUUGGUAUGAAAAUGCUAUAUUAAUUACAUGAUAUAUUACUCUGCAGAUACUCUUUUGUGUCUGGUUGUGGUUCAAAGAGAAAAUAUUAAUGGAAUUUUUACUGUUUUUAAGUAUUUGCCAUUAUAACGAUAAGACUAGAAUCAGUGUAUUAGAUAUGUUUAUAUGGGUGCAUAAAUUGCAUAUAUAAUAUUUGCACUUUUGACACUAAGAUAAAUGCAGCGCUCAAAUGACUUCCUAAAUGUUAAUUAUUAAAGAUAGAUUUAUUCUGUAACUUGGAUUUGUAUUAUUGCAUUUUGAGAGUUCAAAUGCAAAUUAAAAAUGAAUUCAGUAGUCUACAGACAUUAUAGACAUCAAGUUUAAUCAUGUUACUGAAUGUUUUUGUGUUUCAGUACAAGUAAAAUCAGUUAUACUCUCCACCAUAAAUAAACACGUUUUUCUUUAGAAGAAAUCCGUAACACGUAGAAUAUGCCAAAUAAAUAAUGCCACAGUGUGAACGUUACAGUUGUAUAGCGUUAGACUCGGCAUCAGAAUAGCAAGCAAUCUCUAAAUGGUAGUGAAACAGUUUCUCACUUUCACAAAGAAAUCCUCGUCAUAGUAAAAGAAAUUUCGGCAAGUUCCACCAAAGCAGGUGAUAGAUGCAAAUUUUAUAUGAGGAUGUUCAAAGUUCUGGAAAACAUGUCCACUGCUCACAAAAAUUCUCAUGAUGCAAAGAAUCCAUGGUUUUGAAGUAUGAAAUAUUUUAUUUUAUAUCAGAAAUUCUCAUCCAUAGUUAUACAGGGCAAAUCUAAAUGAUGUUUCCGAUUUGACAGACUUGCUACUCACGUUUAAUGAAAUUCAGAUGUACAAAAUUGAUACCGAUGGAUAGAGAAACUCUCCAAGUUUUGUUUCAGUACAUCGUAGGUGUUCAAUGUGAACCCCCUUGGUAACUCGGCACACAUCCAACCUUUACUCGAGUUCCUCCCAGACACGUUGCAGCAUAUCAUGAUAGAUUGCUGCAGUGGCUGCUGUGAUACGCGCUCGCAGAUCAAGCAAGGUCUGUGGUAAGGGUGGCACGAAUACUCUAUCUUUGACGAACCCCCACAGGAAAAAAUACAGAGCGUCAGGUCCGGUGAACGUGGAAAUCCAGUACACAAAAGGCUCCCGUCUUCGAUGGCAGCCAUUUUUUCUCAUAUCGCCCCUGGCGGCGAACAGUGUUACUACGCGGCCGCGAAGUAUACAAACAUAAACUUGGAGAGUUUCUAGAUAUUUUCAAUGAUAAAACACCACUCUUUUAUCUCUGAAUAUCUGUGUAUCGGUUAGAGACAAACAGGUUUAAUCCCAUACUUGGAUGAUAACUUCAGCUCAGUUUAUCUCCAUUUAUGUUCUUUUAACUGCGGAACAGGCAGUCACUUGAAUAUAAAAUGUGACUCCGUAAGUAAUCAAUAGUCUAGUUACUAUAUAUUCUGUACAGGACCCUGCAUUCAUUUCUGAUGUUACACAUUCAUUUUACAUUUCGGUCUGUUUUACGUGAUGAUGUAAAUCAAAGUAUUUAUGAUAUUCAGUCAUAAUGUUUAAUCAAAGUUUUGAGGUUCUCACAGUCGUGAAUAACUUGAUUGUGGUCUUCUGUGUAAUCUUGUAGGCGGUUACAAACGUUUCAAAGGAGCAUUCUGUGUUAAUCUCCAGAAUGUUUUGGCAUCUGCCGAUAAGACUACACAGAAAUCUUAGUCCACAAGACCACUAUCAAUAAAUUUUUCAAAUUUACGUCUCUUUUUCUUUCCAUAGAGAAAAUGAUUUUUAACAUUUUAGAAAGUCAGUGGGUGAGUGGCGUAAAAUUCGUUGUCUCCUCUUCUGUAGUAGCGUCUGGUCACUGCCUUGGUGGAGAUCUCUACCAUUUAGAUCGAUCACUCGAAGUGAUUAAUUUGCGUACAAACAUCUUUAUUACUAAAAAAAAAGCCUUUUUAAACAUGAAAACCGAUGUACAAAAACAUCACCUCAUUUUCCAUAUAUAAUUGUUGUUAACAAAGAAGGCGGUGAUGCCGUUUAUUCUAAGUUAAAACUUGUGUAAUGAAUAUGAAGUUCCAUUCAUCAAAUGUUGUGGACCUGUACCCUAAGGGUAUUGGUUAAAGUCAAUAUUGCAGCUUAUUUCUUAGGCAACAUAUCAGAAAUGAGAAAUUGUCUUUGUAUAUUCAAUUAAAGUAUACUUACUGUCUUAUGGCACUAGAGAUUCUAUUCUAUAUUUAUUCUAAUUUUCAUGAAUUGGCAAUGACGUUAAGAUAAACAUGUAAUUAAAUAUUUAAUUUUCUAUUAUAAUUAUAAUUCAUGGGAGAGAGAUUUUUAUUUAUGCAAAUAUUUGUUGUAGCAGUUCUUUGUAUUCUGAAUAUGUGGGACGAUUAUGUUGGUCACCCUACCCAUGACAUCAGAAUUUGUUUCAUUUUGGAAGUACAGAUUAAAGAUAAUAAACAAAUUCUUUAUAUAUCUAUAAUACUGGUUAGAAACCAGUAGAAAAAUAAUGAGAAUAAUUUUUGAAUUUAUAAGGAGUCUGAGAAAUCUAAAAUAUUUUCUUUCCCUUAAAAUGUGCAAUAAAUAAGUCCUCGUAAUGCCUCUUCGAUCUGCAAUACUGACUGCAGCUAAGCCCUUGAAUCUGAAUGAUUUGAAGUAAUUUCGUGUUGUGUUUGAUUUUCAAUCGGUAUGGAGCUUAUUUGUUUGUGGGGCAUACAGUCUGACCGGCUGUCACUCGUGGCCGGUUCCACCAUUUCAAAAGUGCAAUAGGUAGAGUCAAUUAUGUGUGUGUAUAUAAUAUAUAUCUAAAAUGUAUCCUACGUCUUUGCUACGAGAAACAAAUUCCAUUAUGAAAUGAACAGUCGUUCUGUAAGAAUGGCUCAUCAGUGGCUAUUUUAAUUGCAGGGUUCACUCAUUCGCUCUCACUUUCGAUAACUCUUUGGUAUCGAACCUGAGUAAUACGAAAUAUAGCCAUUGGAUAUUGAUAUAGGUUAUAUUGACUUAUUAAAAAUUGAUUUCAUUGCAACAUUGUCCGAUGCCGAUACUUAAUAAUAUGGUUUCAGUGAAUGAAUACCAGAAUUGUAUUCUUACUGACUGCUGUUGUUUCAGUAUGUUACAGGAUUUUUGCUUAUUGUGAUCAUAAUUACAACCUUAGAAACUUAGCAGGUUUUUAUGGCUGUGAACAUUUCUCCUGCUAGUAUUCGUACAGUAUCUGCAAAACUUAGAAAAGGAACGGAAUGGGACUUGAUUUAGAUCGCUGGUUGAGCUGAAGUUUGGUGGAACCGACCAUCCUGCCUACAUUCAUAUACCUCUGCCAAUUAUUUGGUGGAUUGACUAAAGUAAAAUUUGACGAGAUGCGUUACAGUUGCACGUCUGCGUGUUUGAUGUGUUAUAAGUGAGCGUGGUUACUGUGGGACAGAAACUGAGCGGCACGCAGGACACACGAGCUGUCAUAGAAAUUGCAAUUUUUUCGUCAAAGUUUUAGGGCUGAUUUGCAGUGUGUUUUAUAAUUUGAAAUUUCGAGUGCUGGUAAGACAAAUCUUUACGUGGUUUACAAUAACAGAAAUAAAAUUACUAGUGACUUCUAUGGCAUUUUCUUAUGAAUGGUUUCCUUCCCAUCUCUUGUGGUUUUAGCAGUAAAAUUUUAUGAAGUUCUCUUCUACAAACAGUGAAUACUUAACGCACAAUAAUACACUUUGAAAAAUACAUUUGUAGUUAUGUAAGACUUCGCAUGAUAAGGAAUUACAAUUUUAUAUUCAUCUGAUAUGAUGGAGAAUGUCAGUAAUGAAAUACAUGACACUUAUUAAUGUGAUGUAUUGAUUAAUAUUAUCAGCAUCCACUGAGGUCAUAGAAAUUUACUUUUCAUUCAUAGUUUAUUUUAAUGUGUCUUAUAAAUGGAUCUCAUAGCCGUGGGCUCAGUUUCUUUGACCCUCGAUGUAUCCACCUGUGGUGUUUAAAUAUAGGAAUAUAUUACUUCGCUACCUGGAGAAUUAUAUCAAUUAAAACAAAAAUUUUCACCAGCGUGUGGCUGGUCAUUUGUUACGUAUUAUCUAAUAAUGGUGGCAUUGUAAUUGUCACUAAAUAACUGCUUUAUAGCUUAACACUAGAACCAGUACAUAUAUUACUGUUUGUUACAAGAUGUGCUUUCAACUGAGCCACUUACUCCUAUGUAAAUGGGCUUAUCAACUUCUGGUCCAUUUCUUACAGAUUAUAACAUGAUGAUGUAAUCAGUUAUACGUCGUUAGGUUGGUAGUUUUGUUACCGUAAUGACCUUGGUUUAUUUUGAAUUAUUUCAUAAAAAUAAUUUUUGUAGUGUGAUUGAUAUUAGGAUAUGAGUUUAAUGGGGAGGGGAGAAUACAAAAUGUAUGUGGGUUGUGGGGAAGGUACGCCAGCCGUGCCGUCGUCUUGUCGCAUUUCAUGAUGGCCUAAGUUUUUUUUUUUUUAUAAAUUACGUAGAAAUGAGCGGAAAUUUUACAAAAGAGUUUGUGUUUUGGUAAGUUAGUGUGAUAAAGAGCUGUUUGGUGCUUAAAAAGAGGAUGAUGAUUUUACAUUGAUUUCAAAAGAUAUGUGCAUUGCAAACGUUUCCUAAGAUCUUGUAUAGAAUUAAAUUAAUAUGCUGUAUGAAGCAUAAGGUCGUAGUACAACAAAAGAGAAAAGAAAUGUUUGCAUUGUGAAAGUGUGUAUUAUAGAAUGUAAGGGCCUAGAUUGGAAACAAAGGUAGCGAAAUUGUCUUGGUAAUUAUAUGUGUAAGGUCUGUUAUUUGGAUUUAUGAUCUUUCGGUCAUUUGUGCAGACCAGACCAAUAAUAUAUCAAGACGGUGGUAUAUGAUUUUUGCCAAAAUUUGAAAGCUGGUGGUGUGGACCAAAGGAAGAGAAUGGAAACUGGCUCGGUGCGGAAAGAUUGACCUUGAAAUUGGAUUGAAGUGGCUGUUGUUGAUAUGCAUGAAGGAUAUGCAAAAAAAAGGCCUAUUGUUAAUUCUAGUAGCAAAUUUUUAUCUUAAUACUAAAUGAGAUUGGUGAAGUCUUAGGAGUAGGGAUUUGGUGUUGAAUCCUGCAAUGUUUAGUGUCUGAGUAGGGCCACAGGAAACCUUCUCUCACAUACAGAUCCCUUUGUACUUCCUGUCAGUAAACGAAUGUUCAUUCCACAGAUAUACUUUAACCUCUUCAGGACUAUUACAUUUAUUCACUGGAAAGGCAAUUUAUGAAUUAGGAUAUUUUGCAUGGAAAAUCUUAUACCGUGUAAUGUGUGUUCAGACGUCAUAGUCAUGUGCACGGAUCGGUCACAAGUACUUCGUCUUUGUGAGUAUCGGUGAGAAUGAAUUCGAAGUAACGAAUGCCACCAUGUACUUGUAGAUCAUUUCCAUGAUAACUGCAAAAUAUCCUGGUAGUUACUGCAAUAAAAUGUAGUUGUCAUAUAUAUCAUUGUAUCAUCGUAAUAUUAAGAAAUGGGUCGUAGUAAAAUUAUGUGAGGUCAGGAUUAUUCCAGGCCAUUAUGAUAAAUUUUCUAGCAUUCGUUGCCUCUGAAUUGAGAAAAUAUGUAUUCCAUGAAAUAAUUUGGUGAUUAUGUAUAGUUACCCCUUGUCACAAAAUAUCUGUGCUAUAAAAUUAUGUGUAUAAAGUAUUUCGAGUUUUUGCAAAUUAAA